AUGCAGAAUCCUGAAGAACGCUGGCCGGCCGUCGGGCAAUCAGGAUGUAUGUACGGUUCAGUUCAAGGUAGCUUGGGUCUCAUCUUCCAGGUUUCACCGAUCCUCUUUGCUUUCCUCAAGGAGCUUGAAUCACGGUUGGCUGACCUAGUUGUUCCAGUUGGCGGAUUCGCGCACCACGCAUGGCGAGCAUUUAAGGAAGAACGAAUGGUUAAAAUGGCACAGAACUUUGUAGAUGGCGAUCUUAUUGAAACUGUACUAGACCUGACUAGUGAAGAUAAGGCUCGACUGGUUAAGGGAUUGAGGAUACCGGUACGUCUUGUGAUAUCCGUUUUUUUAUAUCUUUGA